CUCAGUUCACCUCCACUUUGGCUUCUACGUUUUCGUUUUUCCCGCCACGGCCGCCAUGGAAAUCGACGCGGCGGCGAGCGCCCUCCGCCGGAAGCAGUCCGCCUACCUCUCCCUGGAUGAGACGUUCGAGAUACAGAAGGAGAUGUACCGGGGUCAACAGUACAGUCAGAUUUACUUCGCUCGUCUCCACAUGAUGCGAACCCUCCUCUACUCUCUCGUUCCCAACUGGAAACCCCAUGUCCCCGUUUGCACUGUACUUGGAUUAGAAGGUGGCAAGGAAUGUAUUAUUGUUGGUACUUUAUACAAGCACAUGAAGCUUAAACCUACUAUACUUGAUGAAUACUCCAAAGAGAGGUCUGCCGUUCCACUUGUGAGGCGCCACAACUUCAUGGACCCUCUUGAUCAUCUUGUGUUAGAAGAUGAGAGUGGCAGGGUAAAGCUUGGUGGGAGUUCGCUUUCACCUACUUCAUAUGUGACAGGUGUUGUUGCUGCUUUGCAUGGGAGGGAAACUGAUGCUGGUGACUUCCUAGUCCAAGAUGUCCUUGAAGCAGGCCUACCAUCUCAGUUGGAGUUUCCUCUUAAGUCAAGAGAAGACAAAUAUGUCGUUCUUGUGUCUGGGCUUAGCAUUGGGAGCAGCACUUGUAACCCCCUCCAGUUUCAGCUUCUUGUUGAUCAUAUAACUGGACAUCUUGGGGAUGAACAGGAGCAAGGCAUUGCAGCAGAAAUUGUUCAUGUUGUAAUUGCUGGAAAUUCUGUUGAAAUUCCACGUGGAAUUCUUAACAGACAGAAUUUGGCUUCUAAGGACCUAUCAAGAUUGUCUGAACCAAUUAAAGAGCUUGAUAUAUUGCUAACGCAGAUAGCUGCAGGGUUGCCUUUGGAUAUCAUGCCAGGGCCGAAUGACCCAGCAAACUUUGCCUUGCCUCAGCAGCCUCUCAACAGAUGCCUUUUCCCUGGUUCAUCAGCUUACAACACAUUUAGAUCUUGUACAAAUCCUCAUUGUUUUGAGCUUGACAAUAUUAGGUUUCUUGGUACAUCAGGUCAAAACAUUGAUGAUCUAGAGAAGUACUCUGAAGCAAAAAAUAAGCUUGAAUUUAUGGAAAGAACAUUGAGAUGGAGACAUCUCGCACCAACAGCACCUAAUACUCUGGGCUGCUAUCCUUUCACUGAUAGGGAUCCUUUCCUAAUUGAGAGUUGCCCUCAUGUUUAUUUUGUUGGGAAUCAGGAUAAAUAUGAGACACAGACGCUAGAAGGAUCAGAAGGGCAGUUGGUGAGACUCAUUUGCAUUCCUAACUUUUGUGAGACAGGAACUGCAGUUGUGAUGUAGUUCUGCUACUGUUGCAAUGAAUGUUAUGGCAGGUCAGUCUGCUUCUGCAAAGAGCAAGUCCUAUUGAAACAGUAAAUUGCUUGGAUGAAACUGAUAUUUCAAUCAUCGCAAGUAUAAAUGACAAAAGAUUGUAAUGGAAGAUAAAAAAAACUAACACACCUAAUGGCGGGCUAAUCUGACUAAUCUCCUGAGGAUUCAUGACAAAGUGAGCCUUGAUUCAAUUUUUGUAAUUUAUUAGAAUAAUCAAGUCGAAAUUAUCAGUAUUACAUUCAUAUGUUUAUCUUUUGUUGUGGAACUCUAAUGUACUGUCUAAUCUCCAGUCAUGCAAAGUGCUUUCUCCAUUCUGGGAAGAUAAGUGAGUGAUUGCAUUUCCUAAAGCCUUCUUAUUUCACGAUCACACUAGCAAUUAGAUGCUUGUCUGACCAUGAUAGACCCUUAGGUGGGGAGGAUAUUUAAGCGUGACAGGAAGUUUGAGAAUCAGGUUUUAGAUCUUGGACCGGUGAAGGCACUGGUUCCUUACUGUAACUUUGAUUGAUCAUCUGGAAGGUCGUUUUAGCUAUUGCUCUUUUUUAGGCAGAUUGUAUCUUGUUCUAGAAAGGAGAAAAAGCAGGAGACAAUAUGAUGAUAGAAUGCAUGAUUACCUAUUGCUCAUUUCACGCACAGUUUGAACUUGAAAGUGUUGCUUUUGUUCAAAAGCGCUAACUGGUGAUGUCAAAGUUAACUCGCGAAGAUGCUCAAAGGUUUUAUCGCUUUC